CUUGCUCCCAUCCUCCUCCGUUGACCACUCUUAUCGUCGCUGUCGCCCGCGUACCUGCGCGGAUCGCAGAAACAGUCGCCGGCACUGAUCUGUCCUACGCAACGAAGUCGUCCCGAUCACCCCAGAGAAGCCUGCGUCGAGCGCACUCCCAAGCGAGAUCCGGUUCCAGGCCGUGAGUUCGCAUUCGGAAGUUUCCUUUUGAGCCUCCACACCCUCGACGUCGGCGAUUGAGCACGCUUCCACGCAACACCUACAGCAUCCCAACCACGACGUCUAGUUUGGCGCAUUGCACAAAGUGCGCGUGUGCGCUAUUGGGACGACGUAAUGAUGGCCGCCGACAGGCCGAUCGAUCCAGGUGAAGUCGAGAAGUUGUCGUCCAAUGUCAUGAACUACCUUGUAUGGCGCUACUUGCAGGAAGCCGGCUACGGAAAGACAGCCAAACAGCUGCAGUACCAGUGGAUGGGCCGCGAUGAGAGCCCCGAGCAGUUGCCGUUUGCUCGGAACAUCCAGAAGUCGUGUCUGAUACACCUGGCCCAAGACGGCCUGCUAUUGGAUCAUUUGCAGGCUGAGGUGAAAAAGAUCAAUCGCCAGUACGUUUUUGGUCCCGAUCAUGGACGCAAGUUUUCGACACCGGCGGAUGAGCCGCGCGAGAAGAAGAUUCGAAAGCGAUCGACGUCGCGCAUACCAAGCAUCCAAGACCGUGAGAUGCAGAAUGGAAGCCCCGCUGAUCCACCGCAGCGACGAGCAAAGGGCAAGCGCAAGAGUGGUGGCGUAGACAAGCGACUUAAUGGCGAUGCGAUGGACAUUGACGGCGGAGGUACGGCAGCCACGGCGACAGACGCUACUGGUGGUGAUGUCGAGUCACCUCUCCCUGUCAUCGAUGAGAUGCCGCCGAUCUCGACGCUGGAGAUUGGCGAGAGCAAGGGUACGAUUACGGAGAAACCACGCGAUCUGACGGCCAACACGUCGUUCGUAGGACUAGACGAAGGGCUGGUCCUUGAGCAGGUGGCAUGGUCACCACACAAUCGCAACGCUCUCGUGACGGCAGGCAAGAACCACAUGCGAGUGUUCAAAGUCAGCGCAAACGACACGACAGAUGGCAACACGACACACACGAGGUGUACCAGAGUUGACAUCGACGCAGAUGACUACGAGGUGCAGGCCUUCACGUGGACGGAGCGCGGAUCAGGCGCGUUCACGAUGCUGGAGAAGAUUAAGAACGAGAAUGGCGACGAGAUGCAAACGUAUAAAAUGCUGGGCUUUGCCGAAUUUGGACAGAAAGUCAGCCUGGUCGACUCGGCUGCUGGCUGGGUGCUCAGUCUGAAGUACAACCACGAUGCACAGGUACUGCUUUCCUUGUCGUUUGGCGAGCAAUCGCACAUCAAGCUAUGGAACUAUGACGAGAUCGUGUACGAGAAUUCGAAGCGCAGAGUCGAGCCCAAGUACGCGCUUCGAUGCGCACGAACCAUGGACACGAUGCUACUUGCCGUUGAGUGGACGGCCGAGAACCGAUUCAUCGUAGCGGGGAAGAAGACGUUGCAGCUUUACGAGGUCGGUGAAGAGGACAUGAGGCUGCUUGGGAGCGUGUCCACGGACUUGGACUGGGCUCGCCUCGAAUACGACCCCGUUCACGAGAUUGCGGCCGUGUUGGACGCCAGCCAGCAAACGCUAGGGUUUGUCACGUCCACCAGCAAAGAGGAUGGUGGUGUAGAGCUUACGCUACACACACAUUCCCUGGAUUUCAAGCUUAAUGACAUCGCUUUUCAACCUCUGGACGCUAAGUCUGGUGCGAACGAGUCAUCAUCAGUGGCUUCCCGGCACCGGAUCAUGGCUGCGGCCUCGGACGAGGGUCAGGUCUAUUUGUUUGAUGCGCUCGCCCGACCCGUUGGCCGACCGCUACAGACGCUGCAGAUGGGCCACGAUGCGGUAGCGCAGGUUCUAUCCUUCUCACCUGACGGCUUCCUUCUCGCGGCGGCUGGAUAUGACACGCUCAACGUGUGGAAGACGCAAUCUGGCGGCGGAGCGCCCGCAGGUGUGUGGCGAAUGCCCGAGGGCACAGAUCCGCGAUGGAAGAGUUCGGAGGAAGAGGGCGAGGAGGAGAAGUUUGUGCACAAGCUUGGCUGGGACGCGGACGGAAAGCGGGUUGCGUUUGGCAUGAACGGUCAGGUAGCCGUCAUCAGGCUGUAGGGCGGCAUUGUCCAUCUGCAUGGUGCUGGACACGAAUACUUUUUUUCUUUACUCUUCCAGCCACGCAAGGCGCGAAGCGAAAGCAUGUGAUGGAGCAGUGCGAGGGUGUAGGACAGCGUCAAGGAGUUUGGGAAUGGCGGUCAAGCGUACUAUGCGUGUGCUGUUCAACGUAUUCGCCGAGCGCGUGUCUCAGCAUCAGAAGUUCUCGUAAGCACAAUGCUGUAAGCAGCUAAUGUUACAUGUUGUAUAUGAACGUUGUAGGCGACAGGAUCCUCACCUCCACAAGCCCGUCAAUUGCGUCUGGCCAGGCCGUUGCAGGUCCCGUCUCGGGCUGCAUAGUU